GUAAAUAAACACCCUGUGAUCUUCCUAUCUUCACAAAGCUCCUGAAGGGUAAACUACAGAAAAAAUACAUAUUUUUCAUAAACUGAUGAAUGGGAGUUUUCUACCCGCGGAAUUCUGAAGCAGAAGCAUACUGGAAAAGGGGCGCAUACCAGACUGAUGAACAGCCCUUUCUCUCAAUGAGACCCGAAGUGAAAAGACGCAGUAAUGAAUGACAGUAUACUGGCAAGAGCAGCAGCCGUGCGCAGCUACAUCGAGCACAAAAUAACUAUUGUGGGGAUAGAUGAUUGAUAACGCAACUGCUAUAGUGCAGGCUGGGAGAGCGAAACAGAUGUAAUUUUCUUACGCUACAGCUGGUUCAGUGCCACUGGGUGCUGCAUGGAUUGUUAUUGCAAUCAGUCCUUCUACAUCAGCCACUGCUACCAGCAAUCCCAAAUUACUUAGGAAUUCCGGACGGCUGUCUGAGGAGCAAUAUUGCUGCAGAGCUCAACGGGAAUGCCAUGUGUCGUGGCGCGACAUAAGAACCGCUUUGUGGUGUCUUGUCCACCGGGACAGGUGGUGUUGUGUGUGCUGGGGGUUGGUGGGGGUAUAUGAAUGAAUACACAACCCGAGAGACAGUUGUGUUAGGGAUGUCACGCCGCCGUACGGGAUCAGUUUUUGCCAGAGACAGGUGCGACAGAGAGGAGUAGUAGUUUACAAACGACGUUGGGAUUGGUGUUGACGAAAACCUCGGGCCUGUCUACCCUUUUCUUACAUACUGGAUAUUAAUCCAGGGGACAUCAUACUGUGGAGGCAAGAACUGUGUAAUCGUCGCGUUCCGGGCGCACCUUUUACUCGACAAUCAGCGACGCUGUAUUCUGCUGCCGCCAUGUCAACCCUGGCACCACCCUUCUUCCUGCUGUUCUGGCUCCUCCGAUUGGCCAGCACUGCGUUUCCGGAGGAACCGGGGCCUCUGAACUUUAUCUCCAUUGAAGUGGUUCACCGGUACCCAGUGUUUCUGGGUCGGCCACAUCGUUCAUCCCUGAGACAGGAGCCACUGCAUAUUCAGAGAGUCCUCAAGGUGAACCGGACCCUCUACAUUGGAGCCAGAGAUGACCUUUUCCGCGUGGAGCUGGACAAUGUGGCGGGAGACGAGAUGUUCUACAGUAAGAAGAGAACAUGGGAGUCCAACAAAAAUGACAUCAGGACCUGCCGAAUGAAGGGCAAGCACGAGGACGAGUGUCGGAACUUCAUGAAGGUUUUGCUGAGUCGACAAGGAGGUCUGUUUGUAUGUGGGACCAAUGCCUUCAAUCCGCUGUGUGCCAACUAUACUGGAGACACUCUGGAGAUGGUGGGAGAGACAGUCAGUGGGAUGGCCCGCUGUCCCUAUGAUCCUAAACACGCCAACGUGGCUCUGUUCGCAGAGGGGAAUCUGUUUACGGCCACUGUGACUGACUUCCUGGCGAUAGACGCUGUGAUCUACCGUAGCCUGGGGGACAGUCCUGCACUCCGCACAGUUAAACACGACUCCAAAUGGUUCAGAGAGCCCUAUUUUGUCAGUUCAGUGGAAUGGGGUCCUCACAUCUACUUCUUCUUCAGAGAGAUGGCCAUGGAGUUGAACUAUCUGGAGAAGGUACAGGUGUCUCGGGUGUCUCGGGUGUGUAAAGGGGACCUGGGGGGCUCUCAGAGGGUGUUGGAGAAACAGUGGACGUCGUUCCUGAAGGCCAGACUGAACUGCUCCGUCCCUGGAGACUCCCACUUCUACUUCAACUUGCUCCACUCCACCAGCCCUGUCAUCAGGAUGCACGGCAGGGACAUCAUCCUGGGAGUCUUCUCCACCCCCGCCAACAGCAUCCCUGGUUCGGCUGUGUGUGCGUUCGACAUGGAGCAGCUAGCUGGGGUGUUUGAUGGGAGAUUCAAGGAGCAGAAAUCACCUGAGUCUAUAUGGACCCCUGUUCCUGAUGAGCUCGUUCCCAAACCAAGGCCAGGGGGCUGUGCUGUUCAGGGCUCCAGGUUCAACUCAUCCAAUGGUUUCCCUGAUGAGAUGCUGAACUUUGUGAAGACCCACCCCCUGAUGGACGAGGCCGUGCCCUCACUGGGACAGAGGCCCUGGAUCGUCAGGACCAUGGUCAGGUACCAGCUGAAUAAGAUGGUGAUGGACACGGAGGCUGGCCCCUACAGAAACCGCACAGUGCUCUUCCUGGGCUCCAGCCGGGGGACCAUCCUCAAGUUCCUGAUCGUCCCCAACCGGGACAACACCAUGUCCAGCAGCAAUGUCUUCCUGGAGGAGCUGGAGGGCUUCAUCCCUGACAAGUGUGGGGAGGACUCUCCGCAGGCGAGGCAGUUGUUGUCCCUGACUCUGGACUGGGUGAGCCAGUCUCUGCUGCUGGCCUUCCCCUCUUGUGUGGUCAGGGUCCCUGUGGCACGAUGCCAGCUCUACUCACGCUGCAUGAAGAACUGCAUUGCCUCCAGGGACCCCUACUGUGGCUGGACCAGAGGAAGCACCUGCUCCUUCCUCAGGCCCGGGACCAGACUGCCGUUCGAGCAGGACAUAGAACAUGGGAACGUGUCCCACUUGGGCGACUGUGAUGGUCUCCUGCAGGAGUCUUUCAUUGACGAGCCAGAUGGUCUGGUGUCAGUCAACCUGCUGGUUGUGUCUGCAGUCUCAGCUUUCGCCACGGGGGCGGUGCUGUCGGGCUUGGCUGUCUGCUGGAUCAUGAGUCAUCGCCACCGCACACGAGGGGCAGGAGCCAACAGGAGCCGUAAAGGGGACAAGGAGCAGAACAUGCUGGGUCAGGGCCGGAGCGGCUCAGUGAUGAGCGUGACACGUACCAGUGGCAGCGAGAGACCCCGGUCACAUUCUCAGGCAGACAACCCGUUCGUAAUGCCCAACGGCUGGCCUAAAGGAGAGAUGGAUCCAGGCCUACCUACUCCAGAACAGACCCCCCUGCAGCAGAAAAGGCCUCCGCCCAGCAUGAGAGAUGUAGACUGGGAACAGAGCCAGACCUUCCUCACCUCAGUGGGCAUGCCCUGCCCAGCCAACUCCGUCAUCUACCUGAGCUCCAAGUUCCUGCAGGAGAGAGGUGGCAGGCACGAGGGCCCAGGGGAUGUGGGGCCCCCCAACACAGAGCGAACACGUUACCUGGUCCUCGCCAGCAACCGGGAGCCACAUGGGGGACAACCCAGGACCACCCUGAGGAACUCUGCAGGUGAAUACAACUACCCAGCCACGCCACAGGACUCCCCAGACCGCAGGAGGGUGGUCUCAGCCCCCAGCACCCAGAUGGACUUUGGGGAGCCUCCCCGCUGGACUCACGAGGGACUCAACUAUAACAGCAAUAACGGAGCGCCCUACCCCUCCCAGCGCCCGGGCCUGAUCCGGGCCAACCACCACGGCCUUGCCGACUUCAGUCACCUAAUGGGAAAGAGCGUGGGCGAGCCUACCCCUAAUGGCCAGUGAGGAGAAGAGCGCAAUGAACCCCCCUCUCUGAAACCCAUUUCCCCUCAGCAACUGGAAUACCCCUCAGACUCACUCUCCCUUCCCGAAUCCUGUCCUGUCUGUCCUCUCUCACUGUCAUUCAAUGUUCUGACAUCCCCGGCGUGAAGCCUGACUGACUAACUGACUGAAGAGACUGGGUCUCCAGAAGCCAGCAGUUUAGAGAGAGAAAGAGAGAGAGAGAGUUAAAGAGAGGAGGUUAUUCUCCUCAUGGCUGCAGCUCUGCUAUCACCCUGAGAGGUGCACCCCUCUGCUCCUUACGUGGUUUAACCCACAGAGCAUGGACUGGACACCAUAAAACCAACCUCAAGGACUAGGAAGGGGUGCAAGGGAAGGGACAUUUUGUGAAAAAGGAAAAACAAAAAGAAAUGAGAACCGCUUCACUGAUAAUUUAGUUCAGUUCCAGAUGUGAAAGGUCUCAUUCUACUAUCUUGUGCUCUGCAAGUCAUUCUUUGGGUGUGACAAUUUUAUUUCUGCUUUGCUUUUGUGCCAGCAUCCAGCAGACAACCAUGUGCUUUUCCUUGUUUGUUUUUUCUGGCCACCUCUAUCAGUCAGCUCUAUCAGUCAGCUCUAUCAUUCAGCUUGUGUUUGAUAGAUAUUAGCAAUGCCAGGGGCACUGGAUCAUGCAGUAUGGGAACGGGUUCCUGUCUUAAUGUGGGCAUACAACACACUGGAUCUUCUUAUUGGAAUAAGCUUGAUAAGGAUGUCAACGAUCCAUCCCGUUGUGUUAACAAUCAUGGAAAAAGCACACAUUGCUAGUGUGUUUCUAAUGCUCUAUUAUGUGUUUCUAAUCAGGCCUUGUAACGGUUUCCUCCCCCAGUCUGCAGCCCAGAUCUAGCAACAACAGCACUGGACUUGAACAAGUCAAGGUGGAGGGGACAAAAACCAGCAGGGAGGCGAUAACAGAGGAUGGUACCUUAAUAUCUCUGUGUUUCCUUGGAGAAGUGGAGGGAACAGCGAAAGACAGUCAGAGGGCACAGUGGUAUAAGACAACCUUGUCCCUCCCACUCCCUUCCUCCUUCUCUGUCUGUCUCUCCCUGGAUCUAUGUGACCUGACCUGAGGCCUGGGCUACCCGGCAGGCCAGCGGACAGGAGAGAAGAGUACAUAGCCCAUGUAGGGGAAUGUGAGCCUGGCUGUGGGGGUUAGCGGGCCCAGGGCCCUGCCACUGGGGAGCUCCAUUCAGGCUCCUCUCCCUGACACUGAGCCUCUUUGUGCCCCGGAGCAGGAGGAGAUGGCUGCAACAAAUAGCCGUUACGAGUCAGGGCCGGAGGGGCAAACCCAGUGCCCCAGCCCAGCGGAAUAUCAAUGAGGAUAGCAGCGCCCCCCUGCCCAUCCCUCCGGCCCUCUCACAGACACUGGCACCGUUUGGGACUGGGGCUGGGACCAGUCAGGGUGGUAGGCCAGGGAUGGGCCGAUAGGGCUGGGGCUGGGAGACUUGCAUCAUUCAGACUGCUAUCACUUCUAUAUCCCUGCCUUUCAGCAUCUAUACACAAGGGACAUUGGCUCAACAAAGCAAAGUAGAACUAUAUAGGCGUGGAUUGUCUCCCUCCGCUCUCUCUCGCUCUCUGUUUGAUGUUCUCCUUUUGUCUGCCUCUCUGCUCACUCCCCUGUCUGUAGAUCCGGUGGCUCGGGUUUUUUCAUCCGUGUCAUGACUUGUGUUUGUGGAUGCUGCUCUAUUUCAGGCUACAGCGGAAGUUGUCCAUAAUCUCCUUGUUCUCCCCCUAGUUCUCUGACCCGGUAGCCAUUAUCUGAGUGAUUUCUGCCGCAAUCCCCCAACAUUCACAAAUCAGUGUUAACUGCACCCUCACCUUGAGCGCUGGUCGGCAACACGCAUGGAAGCGCAUAGACUGGCUUCAUUAGUGGGUCUGUGGGCUGGGAGGAGGAGAGCUGGAGAGAGAUGGAGCUGGAGGGGCAUGGGAGGAGCAGAGGCUGGGCUGAUCUGGGUAGGACUGGCAGAGAGUGGUGUUAGAGAAACACACAACAGAGCCAGAGAGCACAAACAUAAAUCUUAGCAGGGCUUAAAUACAAAGCUAUGGCUACAUUCAGAGCUGCUCUGAAACAGGGGGAGCAGAUAGAGGGGAGGCCUGGCCUUGUAUAGAAAGCCAGCUGUGUGGGUGGGCUGAGGAGAGGAGCCAGGUUCGACGGUGGAUUUGUUUGUCUUAAUGUAAAGGGCUAAACCACUGAGGUAGAAUACUAAAAGAGAUUCCUGGAGUGUAAACACAUGAUCUAGCUGGGUAAAAAUGCCCACUCAUGGCUGAGUCCAGGGAGACAAAGCAACAACUGAAUGAGUGUGUAUGCAUGUGUGCCUUCAUGUGAGUGUGUUGGUUUUUGUGUACUUGAAGUGCAUAAGUAGUGAGUGUUGCCAUGAAUGAGUAAAGUAGUCGGGUGGAUUGGGGAGUAUAUUGAAAUAGUACAUUCCAUACUGUAGUAGACAAAACCACUCCUCCACGUUGUCGUCGUCAUCCUCCUAUCUCCAUUAUAGCCCUGAGAGGAGUGUUGGUUGAGAGCAUGGGGCCUUGAAGCAAUAGUGGACCCCUGGUGCCCCCUCUCGUCUCCUCUUUUUCUCCCAGCCAGUGGUGUCCCCUCAGUGCAGUGAGUGAAUGAGGCCUACUCUGCCUGCCCAGCCAGGCGUGCUCCAGCUCUUACACUGUUUCACUAAGCAUGCUUGAUUAGGCAAAGUACAUCCCAGCCCCUAAUGGUGUGAUGAGCCCCUGAGAAGAUUAGCACAGACACAUCAAGAGGGUGACGGGCACCCACUCUCCUCUGCAGCUAUCCCCCCAUACACACACAAUCACACAGUUACACACACAUAAACAUACACACACUCAGACACACACACUGCACCCUAAUCAAAUUCAGGAUGCAAUUGAAUUACAAUCUGCUGUUAUCCCCAGGCCAGGGAGGAGGGAGGCCAAACUUGUAACUCAGACCCAUGGAUUUGCUCGUUGGAAGAGCCACACAUGAUUAUCUUAGUCCACCAUGACUAAACAGUUAAGGAAUCUGUGGUUCCCCAUAAUACAACCCAGGCUUGCACACAGACAGACAAACACACAAUCAGCCUUUCCCUCUCUAUAUGUUGUAUUAGCAGCUACAAUAAAACAGAGGUAGUUUUAAAUGUGUCAACACCAGAAUGAGAAAUCUGGGUAAUUUACUGUGAAGCCCUCAAAAAUCUUUGUUCUUUUGAAAUCAGUUUUUAAAUGUUUUAACCCUUUAUCUACAUUUGCAAAUCCGCUGAUGCAGUAAAUUGCUUUCUUUGGCAGCCAUUACUUUCUGCUGGACAUGAUAUGUAGCUCACAGAGUGUUCCUCUCCCCCACCACCCACCCCCAACCCACAUGACCUGAUCUGUGUGUAUAAAUAUCAUGGACUGUGUGUGUCCCUGAGACCAUGCCAUUGUUUGUUGUUGGCUUGUUUUCCUGAGUAACCCAGUGAUUUAGAUAAUGCCCCCCAGCCAGAAACUGCCAAUGCCAGGAUGGGAUACUCUAGAAAGACUCAAACCAAAUAAGAAGACAUGUAACCCAAUCUGCUGAGGAAUAAACACGGGCAGCAGACAUAUUUAUCAUCGAAAGAUAAGCACAAAAAAAUGUUAUCAUUUUUGUAAAGUUGUAGAGAGCAUUCUAUUUAGUCUGCACUGAUCAUUCUUGUCAUGUUUUUUUUGUCUGUUUCUGUGGUAAUAUUUGGUUUGAGUUUUUGGGAUUUGUUGUAUUGGAUUUUCUAUUUCCUCUUUGGUGUGUGAGUUUGAUGAUGAUGAUGAUGAUGAUGAUGAAGUUGAUCAUGAUGAAGAUUCUGUACUGUGAACAGCAUCUCAGUAUUUUCUCCCACUCUGAUGCCUGUGCUGUGUCUGAGUUGUGUCUGGGAGGAGACGAGGAGGAGAGGAGGAGGAGAGGAGGAGGAGAGGAGGAGGAGAGGAGGAGGUGAGACAGACUGGAAUCACAACAAAGAGAACUUUCCCACUUUUCCACUCCUCCAGAGUCGAGUCUCCUGCUACAGUGACAGACUCCUGCAGUCCUGUGGCUCUCACCAGAGGCUGUCUGUCCCUGCCUGUGACCAGGGACACUGUCAUUAAAUGACACAGUGUGUCCCUGUGUGUACAUAAUCUCAAUGCUUAAAUGUAAUUUAAGUGCAGUAGCUGCAUGACACAGCCUCUGUGUGUACAGAAGUAGCAACGUGUGAAUUUAUACAGUACAUGCAAGUGUGUGUGCUUGUGUCUGCAAAUCUGUCCAUCACACAAACACAUGCAUGCACCCUCAAACAACUGCACACACACACACACACAAACACACACACGUACGCACACACACACAUGCACACACACACGCACACACACACCCUUCAGCAGUUGAACACCAUUUCAACAUUGUCCUCAGCUCUGCCUGUCACUUAGCAUGGAGACUUUGCUCUCUGUCAACUUUCUUAUUCUAAUAAACCACUCAGACAUUAA